CACCUUUCGUAAAGAAUGCUGCAACUAAUGAACUCUGUUACUCUUUAAUUCACCUUUGUCGCUUCCACUGCCCGCCAUAACCCUACUGCGAGAGAGUUUCCGGCCAAGAAAUGGGAUCCGAACCGGCGAAAGUCAGUUUCGGCGACAAAGUAGACAGCCGGAGCAUCAAAGAGUUGGUCCUGUCUCUGAAGUCGGAGUUCCAGUCGUCGAAAUUCGAGUACGUGGCGUCAGUCCUGGCCUCCAGAGAAGAGAAGCUGAAGCGGGAGAUUGCAGCCAAGGGGAAGGAGAAUCGCGAUCUGUUGCUGGAUAAAGAGCAGGCCAGGUUGUACACAAUCAAAUUGGAGGUUGAACUGAAGAAAUGUGCGGAUCGUGUCAAUAGUUUCGAGGAGGAAAUGAAGAAGUUGCAAGUCAUACAUCUCGCCAGUUCUGCAGACGCUGGGAGAGGAAGGGUCCAAGCAUCGCCGGAGAAUCAUGGAGAGAGUGUUCAGUUGACGGCGGAGGGAAACGGGAUUGCCAGUGCUUCAGGAGUGAAGAAAGUAGAUGGCAACAAGCAAUUGAACUUGGAAAUGAAUGUGAAGAAGGAGAAGGAAGAUUCAGUGAGUGAAGGGAUUAGGGUCUGUAAGAAGGUAGAUGAAAGAGACAAACUUGGCAUAGAGAUGAAUGCGAAGAAGGAGAAUGAAGAGGCGCAGAAUGGAGGAAAUGGCAAAAUUGGAUUAAGCACAAGUGCCAAUCUGAAAUCCUACGAAGCUGAUACUAGCGCUGGUAAACACGGAAACACAAGACCAACACCAGCAGCAGGCACUUUUAUUGAGCUCAGUGAUAGUGAUGAUGAAUGUACUCCUUCAAAGGCUCAAAAGGAAGGAACUCCCAAGCAGCUACAUGCGGGAGCUGGUCACUCAGGAAAACUCGCUGUUGAAGAUGGAACUGGGGUGCUCAAAAGGAACUAUUCCAUCUCAGGUGAAAAUGAUAAGUCAGGUCGUCCUGAAAAGCUGACAAAACACCAAGACGUGAUCCAUAUUGGUAGAACUGUUGCAGCAUCGGCAAAUCAGCGUUCGCUUAGACCGUAUUUUGCUGCUCUGGCUGCCGCGUCCAGCUCCAGCUCUAGCACUAGCUCUGACGACGAGUUCGAUAUUGUCCACUGAUAACGGUUACAAGUAAUCUCUUAACCCUUCCAAGUGUAGUCUAACUGUCCCUGAAGAUUGACCUUUUGGUGGCCACCCUCAGCUCUGAGUAGGACACAGCAAAAAGUUUGACUGAUGUAGAUAGGAUCAGAAUGGUGUGGGAAAUGAUUUGGGUGAGUUGAUAGUGCUGCUGAGCAACUUUCUGCUGGGCUCUAACUUUGCAGUUUCUUCUGAAUAACGUGUGUAUACCUUU